GUUGUCAGUAUGUUUUUCGGCAAAGGUUAGAGAAAUUUGAGAAGAAUGUUAGAUAAUUUGUAAUAUGGUUAGAAGAUCUAUGAUAUUCUCUUGUGAAAUUUAAGCGGACAAAAAUGGAUUUCUUAUCAGAGAUCAUUGGUGAAACAGUGAUUCUAGGCAUAGAUUCCCUUAUUUUGGGUUUUUGUGUGAAACAACUUAGUAAAUGUAAACAUAUCCUUGAUUCACUACAGUCAGCACCAGUUUUGGAUAUAGAUUCUACCAUAACCAAGGAAAUAAAAAAAUAUCCAAAUGAUGUGAUUCCCUAUGUUGUUGUAAGGGGUUUGGUUAAACCUCUCGGUAACCCCAUAACUAGCAACUAUAAUCAACUGGUCACAGGUGUUAUACAAAGAUUAACAAUAAAAGAGCAUGUUAUAGCACGGACAUCAGCGGGCUUCUGGUCUGAUCAAACCCGCACUAUACAUGAGGUAUGCAACGCUACACCAUUUGUUUUGAGUAACGGGAAAUAUAGUAUUGAAGUAGUGGAUGCAUUGUCCGCUGAGCUUUUAGAUCUAGAUGUUAUAACUGAUAAAUUUGAACCCAUGUCGCCCGGUGUAAUCGAUCAUGUAUGGGGUUUCUUCUCGGGGGUCCGUCAGAGAGGACUACAGACUAUGGAGGAAAUGUUGAGAGAUGGCUCCUAUAUAACUGUUAUCGGUGAACUGAGUAAAACCAAUUCAGGCUUAAAGAUCCAGCCACCACGGGAUGGUCUACCAUUGUACCUCACUACUUCCACUAAAUCGAGUUUGCUGAAGAGACUUGCCAGUUCAAGGGACUUUUUGAGAAUCCUACUCGUUUUGUUUGGUUCAGUGGCAGCUGUGACCUCGGCUCGUAUAUUUUAUAAGUACAUGAAACGUCGACGCCGUAGAUUGGCCGAAGAACAGCUGAAGCAACAGUUAGCAGCCGGCCGGAGGGAGAGGAGGGCGCACACACGGGACAAAGGACUUAGUGAAAUGCAGUUAUGCGUUGUUUGCACUGAAAAUCCUAAAGAGAUAAUAUUACUACCAUGUGGUCACGUCUGCCUGUGCGAGGAGUGCUCGGAGCGUAUCAACGAUUCGUGUCCAGUAUGCCGAGCUCGCAUUGAUUCACGGGCGCCAGCGUUCAUCACAUAACAAAAAUUUCGAAGAAAAUUUUAAAUGUAUACUUGCAUUAUAGUAAUUUCAUAAAAUAAAGUAUUAAAUUUAUUCGAUUUGAAAGCUUCAUAUAUUGGGUGGGGGCGAGGGGGGUUAUUUAAAAUCAAAAUAAUAUUGGAUGACAAUUAUUCAAGCCUCUAUAGUGAGCUAGUCACGUAGCUGCCUUUUAGUACAAAACGUGUCACAGAAUUGUUGAUUUUUGCUUUAUCUGUAUAUAUCAUAGUGACUGUCAUCGCAAAUUUAGUUCAGCGUUGUAAAUAAUCGUUAUCCGGUUUUUAAAGUGUAAGUAAUGUUACUGAGUACGCUGUAGGUUUUAUUUAAAUGAAAUUAAAAUUAUUUUCAAUGA